CGACUUCCGGUUCCGGUUCUGGUUCCGGUCCCCUGGUCGUCCGGCGCCCUGCACACUCCUAGCACGCUGGGAGUAGCCAUGGCGGAUAAUCCGGUUCUGGAGCUGUUGCUGCGGCGGCUGGAGGCGGCUGAUGGCGGCCUGGACAGCGCGGAGUUGGCUUCGCAGCUGGGCGUGGAGCACCAGGCGGUGGUGGGCGCAGUGAAGAGCCUUCAAGCUCUGGGUGAGGUCAUUGAGGCUGAGCUUCGUUCUACCAAGUGCUGGGAGCUGACUACUGAGGGUGAGGAGAUUGCCCGGGAGGGCAGCCAUGAGGCCCGUGUGUUUAGAAGCAUCCCUCUUGAGGGCCUGGUGCAAAGUGAGCUCAUGCGACUGCCCAGCGGCAAGGUGGGCUUCAGCAAGGCCAUGUCCAACAAGUGGAUCCGAGUGGACAAGAGUGCUGCUGAUGGGCCCCGGGUGUUCCGAGUGGUGGACAGUAUAGAGGAUGAAGUGCAGAAGCGGUUGCAGCUGGUCCAGGCAGGCCAGGCUGAGAAGCUGGCUGAAAAGGAAAGGAAUGAGCUCCGGAAGAGGAAACUGCUGACUGAAGUGAUCCUGAAAACCUACUGGAUGAGCAAGGGCAGGGACUUCAGCACAAGUGUAUCUAAGCAGGAGGCAGAGCUGAGCCCAGAGAUGAUCUCCAGUGGCUCCUGGAGGGACCGACCCUUCAAACCCUACAACUUCUCUGCCCGUGGUGUGCUCCCAGAUAGUGGCCACCUGCACCCCUUGCUCAAGGUCCGCUCCCAGUUCCGACAAAUCUUCUUGGAGAUGGGGUUCACUGAGAUGCCUACGGACAAUUUCAUUGAGAGCUCUUUCUGGAACUUUGAUGCCCUCUUCCAACCUCAGCAGCACCCAGCGCGUGACCAACAUGAUACUUUCUUCCUGCGAGACCCAGCCGAUGCCCUGCAGCUUCCAAUGGACUAUGUCCAGCGGGUGAAACGGACCCACUCCCAGGGUGGCUACGGAAUCACGCAGUUGCGCUUCAAGCCAGCCUACAACCCCUACACAGAGCCCAGCAUGGAAGUGUUCAGCUACCACCAAGGUCUAAAGAAGUGGGUUGAAGUUGGCAACUCUGGGGUCUUCCGUCCUGAGAUGCUCCUGCCUAUGGGGCUCCCUGAGAAUGUGUCUGUCAUUGCUUGGGGUCUCUCCCUGGAGCGCCCAACAAUGAUCAAAUAUGGCUUCAAUAACAUCCGAGAGCUGGUGGGCCACAAGGUGAACCUGCAGAUGGUGUACGACAGUCCCGUGUGCCGACUGGAUAUUGAACCCAGGUCCUCAAAGACACAGGAGGCUGCAUGAUAUAGGCUGCCUCAGAAGUCCCUGUCCAGACCCUGUGCAUCCCCUGGCAGUGACCUACUAUUUAUGAGGCCUCUGUGAGGCCAGCUCACUCCCCUGCCUCACCCACCCCAGGGGCAAAGGUUCUAAGUAUGGGGAGCAGGUUUCUUGUGCUGGCUUUUAGUGGUGUGUGUAGUUUGCUUGUAAGGGUGGGUUUGGACCCUGCAGGUCAGCUGUUUUAAUAAAGUGGGCAUGUUCCCUCUGU